UAUAAACAUUUAAAAUAAAACAAGAAUGAACAUUCACAAUAGCAUCAUAACCUGCUAGUUACAACAAACAAAGGAAUUUUUCCUUUUGGACGUUUGGCAUGUUUCAGAAGCUUCAGUUUUGCAAACGACUGGUUAAUUUUGCGACAGCUCAUCCACUUUAACCACCAUUUGUUUAUUUAUUACCAAAAUAAUUAUUCAGUCGUUCAUAAAAAAAAUCAAUAAAAAAGCGCUGGAAAGAAUGACCAAAACAUUGGAUAUUGGCUAUUGGCUUAUAAAUUUCGAUUCCUUCAAUAUUACACUUUGAUUAAAACACAAAAAGUUUUUACAACUCGAGAUACCAAAAUUGCAGAUUAACUCAAAAUCUUUAAGUUUGACGAGCAUAGCUUUUUAUUAGACUAAACACAGUGUUCAGCUUUACUCCUCAUCAGCAUCAUCAUCCAGUAAAGACCAGAGCCGACGAAGUCACCAUGCCUGCUGCGAUCGGUACUUCAGCAAACAGAAAAUACAAAACAACAGUUAGUUUUCAAGACAAUGAUGAUUCCUUUGACAAGGAUAUUCCCCCUCGCAGCAAUAAAUCUGCAGAAUUGAGAAAACGACACAUCGAAACAUCUCCCCUUCCCUACAGUAGAUCUUCAACCAGCCUCAACAACUUCUACUUCGACCCUAAGAGAGGCAUUUGGUCAGAGUACCAUGACAGUUUCCUGCCCGACCACUUGGGGGAUUUGAAGUAUGGGGGUUCGAUGCCCCGUCUGAACAAAAGUGAGAGGGGUGCAGUGGGACGCAGUACCUCAUCCGGGAGGUCUCCGGGGAAUCGAAGUCUUUCGAGACAUUCGUCAGGUGCAUCUGUGUCCUCGCGCCCCUUUUAUGCCGACUCUCCUCUGUCUCAAAACUCACCGGUGGUCAACUUUCAGAAAGCAGUUGAACACAGUCCAUCAGAUUGGCUCGAAGGUCGACUGAAAGAACUACCAUGUGUGGACAUGGGCAAACAACUUCCCACUGUCAAUUCAAAAUACAAUCACCCAUCUUACAACAAACAGAUCGGAAAACCACGAAGAGGCCGCUCAUCGAAUCCUCGAUGUGCCCUGAACGCCCAAUGUGCGCACAGUACGGGUGAUUUAGUUCUUGUGACUCAAAGUGAAAACUUCGACGAUGCACGGAAUUUAAAUUUAGCUCAGGACACUUUAAAACUGAAUCGGAGUCCAAUAAGGAGGAAUGGGAACAGCGAUGGCACGUUGAAUACAGUCCACAGAGCCGAGUUGGAGCCAGAAGAGCGGGAUCAAGAGUUUAAUGAUGGCGUGAUUGACGAAGAAGAGUCGGAAAAUGGUAGUGAUGAGAGAGCAAACCAGGAAGAGGUCAACUGGUCACCGGUUCGAGAUCAUCGGCAAGAGGAACCCGGAAAGUCUUCGGAAACUGAAUCCGAAGAGUUGUCUAGUCCUGAAGAUGAACCUGACAAUGACGGCAGCCAGAGGUUUGUCAAUGAUCAACCGCAAUCCGCAUCUGUCAACCCGAGUAGAAACGAACCAAGAGGCUUUCAAAAAAAGGGUGACGACAAACUGAGUGGCCUGAAAAAAUCUGACCAUAACGUGACCAAAACUAACUGGUUUCGGGAAUCUUUGUCAAUAGCAGUUCUCAACUCUCUUGAAAGGGCCAAAAAGGCCAAUAGCCACUACGUGCAUCACUUCAAUCGUACCCUGGAGACUGUAAAUGUGAACUCAGCAUAUGUGCCCACCUGCGAGGUGAUAGAACAGCAGGAAGUCACCUGUUUUAUUUCUCCCCCCAACAGCAGUGUGGGCAGCUGUGGUCACGUGUCAUCAGACUCGUGCCAAGUGUGCUGCGAGCUUCAAAAGUUCGACCACUUUAUGAAAUGUCUUUGCAGAGUUUUGGACGACAUUAACAGUCAGAAAGCUGCGCUGAAGCCCACUUCUCAAAGACCGACAACCUUGGAUCCCCAGACAUCCACAGAAAGUCUUCGGCAUCCUCAAGCGGAACCAGUGGAACCCAGAAAGCAACUGAUGAUAGAUACCGGAGACCACUUGGCGCCGAGAGAAUUCCUGGACAAGAAAAAUAAGAUAGAGGGUUUAUUGAAAGUGAAGAGUGAAGAGAAAAUGGAAGGAGCCGGAGCAGAGAAACGAGAGGAAGAGAAGGAAAAGGGGGAGGACGAUGAGAAGGAUUGCGGCACCCCCGCUUUGAAAUCACACAGGCCAAGACAGGAAUAUAUAACCGAUAUUCCGACAGACUUCAACAAUGGUUCCAAAAAACUGAACGUUCCAGAAAGUGAUAAACCAAUGAUCGUAGCAGAUACAGAAGCGGCGAAAGGCAAACCUCGUGAAGUGGAAACGGAAAAUAGUUUCGAAAAAAGCGACGAGAAAGACCAAGACGAAGACUUGGAGAUUUAUCCGGUCAUCCGAGAGACAAGAGGAGCGGGCCACGGCCACCAAUUUCCAACAAACACGAGGCCAAUAAGAAAUGGAAAUUUGUCGCCCUUCAAGGACACAAAACCUUCCAAACAAGGUCCAGUCGAUGAACGAAAUGAAUUCAAUGCACCUAGAUCUCUCGGAUGCUUUGACCAAGAGGUGGAGAAAAGAAACCCACUUUUUGUUGACAGACGAGAUGGUUUGCAGAACUCAACUUAUCCCACCAAAAACACUUACAAGGUUUCAGGAAACCUGCCAGUCGCACCAAGUGACAACAGAGAUCAAAGAUACGGAGAAGAUGAAGUUCCGGUGGAGACUUCUGAAGAAGAUCUUCCUUCAAAUCUCUUCCAACCGGAUAUCCGAAGUUUCAAGAAACAAUCAACUGAAAAUUUGUCGAGUGAAAACGAAUCUGACAGCGUUGCAACCUUCAUCCCACAUUACGGAAACAGAGGAUCCCAGGUAGGUUCUCCUUCUGAAUGGAGUGAAGAAGAUCCAGGUCCCGGUAAAAAUCCAGGUGCAAAACCGAAAAAAGCAGAAAAAAAUGUGCCUUUAAUGACGAGUGAAAUGAAAGUGUAUUUGAAUUAUCUUGAUGAUGACGAGUACACGAGCGAAGGUGACAUAAUAGCGAAGGACGGUGACGUAAUCAGAGAGACAGCCGAUGUGGAACUUUCCGGAGGAAAUUCCGACGCCAUGAAUGAUCCACAAGAAGGAAGUGACUCGGAGCUGGAGUAUGACUUCAAAGUCAAUGAUUUGGAUAAAACCGAGCAGCGCACAUAUUCUAAACCACUUAGUAAAAAUCACACGGACAGGUCAAAUGACUAUCACCAAAUCAGCUUUUCACCUUUGACUAAGCGCAGAAAGGAACAUGAGCCGAAAACUAAAACCUCAAAGUUACCAGAGAGGCCUCCAGAAAACAAGAGAGGCGAGAAAACUCAUGACGUCUAUGACCACAAAAGACCAUACACAAAGCAGAAUAAAAAAGAAAUAUCACCAACAAGAGCAAAUAGUUUAUCUCAAACUCCAAACAAGCCCAUUUUGGCUGAAGAAAUAACUGAAUCUUAUAGGAAAACAAAUUAUUACAAAAAAUCGAACUCUAAAUUGAAACAGUUGGGAACCCAAGAACCGUCUAGCGAAAAGUCAAGCACUCUUUUCACGCCUGGAAAAGCAAAACCCAAGUUUUCUCGUGGGUUUAGUGAAGAAAACAUUCCUCGGCCAGUCCGAAAGCCUAGUGCAAGUAAUAAAAUACACUCGAACCAAAAGCCGAGUCCCAGCGAAAAUAAGUUAUUCGGCCGGAAAGUGGGAAAAUUUGUGCCCGAUUUAGAGGACGAUGAGCUGAUGCUAGAAAACGAAGACAAAUUCGGCCAAUCGUUGAAUGCACAAACUGAUUUGUCACACAUUUUUGAUUUCGAUGAAAAUGAAAUUGGUACGAAGGUUGUGAAAGAAGUCGCUCCUUCGAAAUCAGAUUUUGAGCUGGUCAAAAACUUAUUUGACACUCGCCUAAUUUACGCUGACAAUGAUGAAACAGAUGGCAGAAAAGCAAGGCAAAAAAGUAAAGAUUUUGGCCGUAUUUCGAAAGGACUGGUCGACAAACUUCGUGCACAUUUUGAUUCAAAAGAGCGAAAAGCGAGAAAGGAACUCGAUUUUUACAGGUUAAUUCACGGUGAGCUGCAAAACCGACAUGAAUCGAUGCGAGAAUGGGACCCAAUUUUGCGUUCACCUUAUGAUGAGUCAUUUGUUCAGAGAUAUCAGUACAGAUAUCACGUGCGGGAGUCUAGGAUUCUGCACAGUCGCAGUGUUAGCAUGAGUAGAACACCAAUCGAUCUCGAUUUCAUAGAACGAGGCAAAUAUAGAUACAUAGUUCGCGCGCCGAGAGACGACAAUUCGUUCAGUUUGGCAACUUCCUUGAUGAAUACUCCAGCAGCUUCCAUGAUCGAUGUCAGAAGCAGAAAAAGAAGCGCUGGUCAAAAUGACUCAAGGGUCCUAAGAGAAGCAAACAUUAUCAGGACAAUGUCAAGUUCGGGAGGUUUGGAUUAUUACCGACAUAAACAUAGCAAGCAAAUAUCUGACCCGGUUCAUAAAAACUACACGCGAUACCUCGUCAAAGACAUUUACCAAGAUUACGAUAUGUUGCCGCCGCCCGUCGAUGAGUUGAAGCCACGGAAGUUCGAAAAUUCGGAUCAACCCGAUCAAUUUAUAUCUGGUGACUUACCAGAUGCUCCAGUGAGCGAAAGGUUUCUGGCACUGACAAGCAGCAAUGACGAUCGGAUUUACAGCAGCAAUUUGGAGCUGUCGACUCCUAUGAAGAGAGAAAGCGACAGAGAGCCAUGGGAGUUCAAUCAUCAGCGGUCGAGUAGUAGAUCAGAGCAGUAUUAUGAAUCACAGAAGAGAAGCAAGUUAUCGAAUGUCCAGGAAUCGAACAUCCGGGAGGAGGUUCUAAUGACUAGCCGGAACCCAAGGUAUCCGAAUGAUCAAGACAGUGUGAGUAACAAGAAAGGUCGGGCUAGUUCAAGUUCAUACAAAGUACAGGCAAGUUCAAGUAGCAGUGCUGUGUCGAUAAAAAGAGAAGAAAAACAACAGAAAUCAAGGCAAGAAAUGAGAAAUUUGAACGUUUCUGACACUGAUGGAAACGAAAACUAUGCAUCAGUAAAAAGAAGUCCGAGAAAUGACCCAUCAAUCAACGGAACUGAUAAGUUAAAAUCAAAACACAAGGGCUUUGUUGAUCGGGGAAUCGAGAGGUUUGAGAGCCAAGAAGCCUUGAAUAAAACGAUUCGUCGAGAAUCGCUUGAAAGAAAAAACGCUCUAAAAGACCGGAAGAAUAAACCUCGGGAACCAAAUCAUCCCUUGCAAACCUCACAAAAUGCGUUUGUUGAGCCAAGAAGACCAAACAGCAAUAUGAGUGAUUAUAUUCGACCCCCGGCUGAAAAAUAUCCUGUAAAUCAUCCCAAAAAAGAGCCGAUACGUGAAAUCAAAAAGGACCAAAUCAAAAAGCCUGAAAAUGAUCUCCAAAAAUUUGUCGAAGAAGCCCCAUGCGAUAAAACAUCAAGGCUAACUGCAUUUUAUUCUCCCAAGGGUUACAACCAAUCGAAUUCGAAUGAAAUUUCUAUGCCCAAUGAACCAGCAAAAGAUGCGGAUGAGAAACAGGCAAAGCAAUCUGAACAACUAGCGUUUCAUCAGAAUACUCGUGAACAAAUACCGGGCUCAAGGAUGAUAAAAUAUGACCCGUUUCACGAAGAUCACACCACACUUUUGAAACACGAGAAUGAGUCAUAUUUCGCUCAUAACCCAAUCACAGGAAGAACAGUUCAACUCGACGGGAUGGAUUCACUUUCGGAUGUGACUCAUAGCGAGCCGACUUUUUUGAUUAAAACUGUUCAAAGAACAACCGAAGAACGACUUAUACAUAUAGAAUCGGUGGAUGAUUUGAAUAAAAUACAAAUCGACGAUUCAAUCCGUGAUCACGCGAAUCGUCUAGCCGAGUUGCGACCGGCGACGCUGAACCGAGACAAUAAUGAUUCGCAGCGCAAUCAGCAGCGGUAUCGCCGAUUUGUACCGAAAGAGAGCAACAAACAGCAGGCGAAAUAUAAAUCGUAUGAAAGUUUAUCGCAGCAACAUAGUUACGAUUCAUCUUCGCUUCUUUUGACCCAGGAGAGAUCACGGAGUCUAAACGAGUUGAACUCGGCAAACCAAGAAAUGAACCGACUUGAAAAUCAAAUGCGAAGGCGAGAAAAAGCCGAGCAUUCACAAACAGAGGAAGAUAUGGAAUCUCCGCUGUAUCAGCACGAUUCCUCUUCGGUUGAAAAUUUGGUUGACACGGAUAAUUUUUCUCUUAGAAGAGAAAAUGGGAAAAAGUCAGACAAUCAAAAUUCGUCGCCAGGAAACACUCUCAAUUCGUUCCUCGGGAGUCCCAAGAAGAGUCCCUCUAGAGAGAAAGUGAUCAAGAGGGCAUCACGUGACAGUGUGGCCUCAGGCAGCAGUCUGCACAGGUCUCCGGCGAGGGUUCCAAAUUCCAGGAAUCCUCAGUCAAAAUCACCCUACUCGUCGACUAACUCGCUUGCAAAGGCUUCCGCUUCGGAAAAUCCGGCAAUGCAAAACUAUGGUACAUAUCCGACCAGUCAGAAGCAUAAUGGUCAGCAAAAGGCGGAAACCAAGCCGAAAGAGCAGGAGGCCGAGUCAUAUGACCCGAAUGUAAUCAGAGCAGAAGUGCUGUAUAACUUCAAACCAUAUACUCCGAGGGAGUUGGAGGCAAAGAGAGGCGACGUGAUCAGUCUGCUGAGCAGAGUGGAUGCCAAUUGGGUAGAGGCCAGACUGGAAAAGGGCAACAACAACAAAAACGACAACAGCAAUAGAGUCGGACUUAUCCCAGUCACAUAUAUAAAAGUAAUUCAGUCGGAUCAUAGUGUGGCGCCUAAAGCGAACCAGCAACAAGCAAGCGAACCGGUAGCCCGAGCCACGAACCAUCAUCCCCCUCAUCAUCAUCUACAACAGCAGAAAAACAACUACCCGAACAAUCUGAACUACGUCGACAGCCAGCAGUCAAAAAAUAGUGCAAUUUUGAAACCAAUUCAACAACUUCAAGUGCAAUCUCAGCCCAACGAAAACGCCGCAAGCAGCAGGCAAUCAUCGCCCAGCAGCCAGUUAAUUUACCAGAACAUCGAAAACUCCAAAUCUCGAAACAGACCACAGCAUCAAAGCGAAGAGUUCAUAGAGCCUAAAAAACAAGGACAGCCGCUCAUGAAUGGAAAUAAUUUCCAAAGACAAAACAAGCAAAAUGUUCAAAAAGACCAAUCCCAAAAAAGUGUUCCAAAUGGGGCUUCAAAUGCGGUAAAGAAAAGUGAUUCUUUGGUGCGAAAAGGUCGAGUCAUUUACGAUUUCGACGCGCAGACAGACGUGGAACUUCAGCUGAAGAAAAACCAGGUGGUGACUAUUCGGAAACAAGUGGACGAGAACUGGUUCGAUGGGUAUAUCGGACAGAGGAGGGGAAUUUUCCCAAUAUCCUACGUGGAGGUCAUCUCCGAUGAAAUGGAAGACGCACCAGACUUUCUGGUCGUUACCAGAUACUGGAUCAAUCCAGACAAAGCAAGGCGAAUGCAGAACCAGAAAGGCAGCCAGAACAAUUUAACUCAAAGCAACAAUGACAUAUCAGCAAACCACACACAACCGCACGGUGGCAACAAAGGCCUCGAAUAUUUCCGAGUGAUGCAUGACUUCUCGCCCAAACACGCAGACGAGCUGCAACUUAUGAAGGGCGACGUAAUCCUAGUAGUGGAACAGUGUUCCGACGGGUGGUUUGCCGGGAAGUCGACCAAAACAGGACAGUUCGGACUAUUUCCCGGAAAUUAUGUUGUCAAAAUGAACUAAUAUAUUAACUGAUAUAUUAAUUAUGGAUAUUUAAUCAUCAAUACGAACAAUGCAUAUUUCGGAUUCAAAUUGUAAAUCAGAUUAGUUUAUACAAAAUGCAUUCAAAUU